AUGGCUCCCGGGCGCGGGCGCUUGGCGGCCGGCUCGCCGUCGGCGUCGCCGUUGGCGGCCCGCUUGGGCGGCGAGGGGGGCGGCGGCCUCGCCCUCUCGGGCGGCGGGCGCCUCUGCUGGCGCUCGGCGGGCGGCGGCCGCUGCCUGGGCGCCGCCCGCGCCUCGCGGGCGAUGUACCUGCCGAUGCGCGCGGCGAGGGGGCCGCAAGGGGGCACUGGCCGGCGGUCUCCGCGAGGACGAGGAGCGGGAAGUCCGGCAGGGUCGGGGAGGCGGUACUCGACGGCUCGUGUCAGGGGGCGUCCAGGUGCGGUGCUGCUUCGGGUCGUGUCGGGGUGCUCGAGCGGGCGGGUCGCGUGA